GUACAUAAUAGCUGUGCUUUCAUUAUCUUCGUUGUGUUCAUUGUCUAGAUCACUAUUUGCCUGCCGCCCCCGUGACUUCUUUCACUUUUGUCUACCGUCAGACUUCGAGCGUCCUCUCUGGCUUAAGUCAGGAAUCUCCCCCACGGAUACGAAAAGGGAACCCAUCAUCGAAGAUUUCUACUUAACUUGAAUCCCCCAAGUUUCAGGCAGGACCGAUGGAGGGACGGAGUGGUGUCGAGGUGCUGCGGGAGGGGACGAGUCUGAGGGGGAAAGACAUCAUUCCUGAACUGCUUCUCAUCGACGACCCUGCGCCGGUCUCAUACAAUAGGUUUCAUGCAGACGUUCCCCUGGAGAAGAUGGCAGCCCAGGAGAUCAGCAGACGGAUCGAGCUUCUGACCGGCUACAGCACGGCGCGGCUACAGGAGCUGGUGCGGGGAGGAGCGCCACCUGUGCGGGGAGGAGCGCCGCUGGAGGGGCGCCGGCUCUACAUGCUCGCGCAUCUGCUCAUAGCUAAGGCCAACAAAACUUCUGGCGGUCAGGGAGCUGGCGAGAUUGGGUUCCCCGCUUUCCCUGGGUUGAAUAUUUUGAAACCCCUUUUGUUUGUCGCUCUUGUGGUUCUUGUUUUUGGCGCCAUGGUUCCUUGGGUCCGAAGUCCAAGGGAUAAUACCACAACUACUGUUGAUAAUUCAGAGAAAAAGGAAACAAAACUCGCACCACCGGUAUACGUAGAAUCGCCUCCUCCCACAAAAAUGGAAAUCUUUGAAACACGAUUUUCCAAGCUGACUAAAAAAUUCUCCCAACAGAAAGCAGACGUUUUUGAACCCCUCAAAACAAAACUAACUCCCGUUGUCAGUGAGGAAGGAAGCGCCCUUCUGACUAUCACAGGCCCAGGUCCAACCGCCAGAGCCAUGGCUGAAUCCCUCCCGUGGGUUCUGUCCAGAGCUUUUGUUAGCAUAGAUCCUCUUCAGUUCGGUAGCUUAGGUUCUGAGCACCGAAACCAAGUCAUUGACGAGGUCAUGAAGGCGUGGGCAGAUGGUCCUCACGAUGUUCUGAUCGUCCAGGAGCCGGGCAGGCUGCCAACUGACGUGUUGGAGGCGAUUGUAGGGCGGUGCCGAACAGCCAUGGGCAAGCACGGUGUCGUCAUAGCCUGGGGAGAGUCGGGGAUGGACCUACUGUCGGGCUGUGGCGGGGUGACUGCACUAGACGUGACGAGGGAGACCGGGCUAGCACAACCUCCACCUAUCACAACUGGAGACCAUGAAGCCUCCAUCAGCGCGUUGAAGAAGACCUUCCCGUCCCAGUCAGCACGGCUGUGGCGGGUCUCGGACUUCGUGAUCGGCCAGCACCUGCGGGACAGCGACCCCCGCCAGCCCGCCAUGCUGAUCCUCGCCGGGCUGCCGGGCGCCAACAGGACGGUCCACCAGCUAGCGGAGGGCCUGGCCAUGAUCUACUCAGAGGAACCCCUGGUCAUCAACAGUCGCCAGUUCAGCCGGGUGGACCCAGCCCGAGGCAAGCUCCAUCUGGACCGGGCGCUGGACUCGGCGUUCCGCGGGGGCAGACGUGCCGCCGUCCUGACCGAGCUGGACGCGCUCCCGCCCGGCGCCGCCAUGAUGCUCCACUCCUACUGCGACCACGACAGCGCGCAGUAUAAGGACGUGGCCUACUUCAUGACGCUGCAAUUAAGGGAGCCUGUCGCCCCCGGCCUGACGGCGGCGGGGCAGGACCGGGUGGUGCGGGAACGCCUGCGGGAGGCGUGGGCGCCGCUGGGCGGGGAGAAACGGGACCCUCUCAUCAGCAGGAUCGCCACCAUGAUCGUUCUGGUCCAGCAAGAGGAUAGCUUUGAUGUAUUUUCAGACGUCUAAAACUCGUGUAUGUUCUCAGAAAGAAGGGGAAAUUCUAGCUAUAGACUUGUCACUCGAGGUAGUACAAAUUAAUGAUAUAAGCCUGCUCUUUGACAAAAGCUGCAUGUAGUAUGUGUCUGAAGAUACAAAGUACAAAGCGCUGCCUUGAAUAGGUAUCCCUCAAAUGUUUUAAUAUCGUUUUGCUCAACUAGAAAAGGAAAAGCCAGCAAAACAUUACAUAAAACUGUUACACAUUGUCUAUGAUUAAGAAAUUCCUUACAGACUUUGAAGAAAUCCAAUCAAUGUAGAUACCAUAGUUUUCAACU